AUGGCAUUCAGGCUUCUGCUAACGUUCCUCUCAGCGAUCAUUGACAACAGCACCCAACUCACGAACCCAGUCACCCGCUACAACAACAGCUACAUCGUGCCCAACCAAUCCUUCCCAGGCCUCCAAAGCAACUGGCACCCAGCACCAGACAGUGGCGAGACCUCCUACGUCGGCACAGGUCGUCUCCGCGGCCGCAAAGCCCUCAUCACAGGCGGCGACUCAGGUAUCGGCCGUGCCGUCGCCAUAGCAUUCGCACGAGAAGGAGCCGACGUAGCCUUCAACUACCUCCCCGAAGAACAACCCGACGCCGACAUCACAACCCAGCACAUCUCAGCCACCGGCCGUCGCGCCCACGAACUACCCGGAAACCUCCGCAACGAGUCCUUCUGCGCCGACCUCGUCGCCCGCGCCCACGACGCCCUCGGCGGCCUGGACAUCCUCGUCUCCAACGCGGGCUACAGUCGCUACCACAGUUUCAUCGGCAACAUGACCACCGCGCAGUUUAACCAGACCUUCGAAACAAACGUCUUCGCCCCCUUCUACCUCGUCCGCGCCGCCGUCUCCUAUCUUCCGCCUGGGUCCUCCAUAAUCUUCACAUCUUCCGGCGAGGCCGUCGUGCCCUCGGCCAAUCUGAUCGAUUACGCGGCUACGAAAGCGGUGCUGGCGAACUUCGCGAGAGGCCUGGCGAAACAGCUUGCGCCGAGAGGGAUUAGGGUUAAUGCAGUGGCGCCUUAUAUGACCAUCAGCAACGUCCUAUCGACUGAGGGCGAUACGACAGAGAGUAUCAGGGAGGUGGGUAGGGACUGUCCGUAUGGUCGGAACUCGCAGCCUGUGGAGUUGGCGCCGUUGUAUGUUACCUUAGCUGAUCCUCAGAACUCGUUCGCUAGCGGCCAGAUUUGGGCUGCGGAUGGUGGGACGGGUGAUUUCUGA